GUAUUUAAAGGCUGCCUCUGCUCCGGGCGCCCCCAGUCCCGCCAGGACUGCGACGGUGAAGCCCCUGGGUUGGGAGGGAGCAGAAAGGUACCGCGCAACCCGGGCCUCCCCGGCUCCCAGCCCGCGCCUCUGCCGAGGCGGGUGUGCGUGGGACCCGGGAGCAGGCCUCGCUGUGCCUCGCCCACCAGCACCCUCCUCCCCCACCAUCCUUACCCAGCCCCAGUCCUGCCCAGCCCACCCAGAGGAGACAACUCGGGUGCGAAGGACGAGACAUUACGAAGGAAGAGCCAACAAGCAAGCGGAGAAGAGGGAGAAGAGAGAGGGGUCCUCGUGGAGAGAGCGAGGCGUGAGCCCAGGAGCCGGCACGUGGUGCUGCCAGACUAACGAGGCUCUUCAGACCUUCGUGGCCAAACUUGACGGCUUCCAGGACGCUCCCGUUUCGACCCCCCCGGAGCUCCCUCCACUAUGACCCAGAUGCUCGACAAAAGGGAGGACCCUCUGAACCUGGGCGGCGGCUGUGCGUCCUCGGCCCCGUCAGGCGCCUGGUCUUCCUGCCACCGCAGGCGCAGGGGCGCUCCGGUGAACAAGCCGCGCCACCGCAAGUUUGAGUAUGAGGCCCCCAGGAAACAACCGAAGCAACAGCACGGCCCGGGCCCCUGGUUCCAACCACCCCGAUGGCCCCAAUGGGAGAUGUACUCUAACUGGGGCUGCUGGGGAGGGCCCUGGCGCCCCCCUCCGGGAGGAUUCUGGAAGCCUCCCGGCCAAGUGCAAGUGAUCGGGUCGUACUGGCUGCACCCGCUCUGCCUCUGCUGCUGCUGCUCCUGCUGGCGCGGGCCCUGGAUCCCCGGCUGGGCCGGGCCCCCGGGCAGGAAGAAGCGCUGGGGCCGCAGGGGCCGCGGCCUGCGCCGCCACCCUCGCCGCUCCUUCCCGAGGAGCCCGCCCGUGGAUCUGAGCGGGCUGCUGCGGCCCGUCAACCUGUACGGGUGGCGGGCGCCCGGCAUGCGGGCGCCGCGGAACACCACCCAGUUCAUCAUGAACCAGGUCUACGAGGACAUGCGGCAGCAAGAGAAGCUGGAGCGCCAGCAGGAGGCGCUGCGGGCGCAGCAGGCCCAGGCCUCCCCCGAGGGCGCCUCCGCGAACCUCGCGUCCCCCGGCGGCGGCGAGGACGACGCGGAGCUGCCCGAAGCUUUGUACGGCUUUGUGCAGAACCCCUCUCUGGUCUUCACUCCCGACCAGUCCCCGACCGCACAGCCGAGGGAGCAAGAGGAGGACGAGGAGAAAAAUGAGGAGGAGUGCGAUGAGAUGGAAUACGGGAAGGAGGAGGAGAGCGAGGAGGAGGGGGAAGAGGAGGGGGACAAGGAGGGGGAGAAGGAGGGGGAGGAGGAGGAGGAAGAGGGGGGCGGGGAAGAGGAGGAAGAGCAGGAAAUGGAAGAGGAGGAGGGGGUGGAGGAAGAGGAGGAGGGGGUGGAGGAAGAGGAGCAGAGAGAGGAAGAGAAUCAUUUACCUCUGGAAAUGCCUUUAUCAUUCCUAGUGGGGGCUGAGGAAGAGAGAGAGAACUUUAUAAAUUGUGCUUACUUCAGCCCUGAGCAGAUCAUUCCCAAAAUGCCGCAGGAAGCUCUCCUCAUGUUAGACGACAUUAACUGUUAAGACACCAGGCAAGGGAUUGGAAUGGGAUGGAACUGCAGUGAGGCUAAAAUGCAUUGGCAACUUAUUAAAAACUAACUUAAAAAGUGAGUUCCAUCAAUAAAACAUAUCUGUGUAAACCCCUUCUUUGACGGUUAUAAAACUUUUAAAAAUUGGUGUGUUUGUGUAUGACUGGGUGGGGGAGGGGGAGCUUUCAUAUAUAACGUAAUUGGAAAUGAUUAAAGGCCAAAUAUUUUAUUACUUCA